GGAGUGCCUCUGAUCUGCUGUGUCCCCGUCUGUAACCUGCCUGAUCUUCCUGAAGAGACAGCCACAGUGAGAGCAGAACGUGUGCAGCAAAAUGAGUGAGGAAUCUAUCAUCCGUAUCCCUCCAUACCAUUACAUCCAUGUGUUAGACCAGAACAGUAACAUAUCCCGCGUAGAGACUGGACCCAAAACUUACAUCCGACAAGACAAUGAGAGGGUCCUCUUCCAUCCCGUGCGCAUGGUCAUGGUGCCUCCACGUCAUUACUGUGUGAUACUGAACCCUGUGCUGAGGGACUCUGAGCACAUUGUGACAUUCGAUGAUGUGGGCCAAGCAAAACUGCGUCAUGGUGACCAGGAAAUCCGACUAGCGCAGGAUCCAUUCCCAUUGUAUCCCGGAGAGGAGCUUCAGCAGGGUAUCACCCCUCUCACUGUGGUAGUUGCCAACACUGCCCUACACCUUAAAGCUCUACUUGAUUUGGAAGACGAGAAUGACAAAUAUGUGGCUGGGGACGAGUGGCUUUUUGAAGGACCAGGUACCUAUAUCCCACGUAAAGAGGUGGAAGUGGUGCAGACUAUCCAGGCCACCGUGAUCCGGCAUAACCAGGCGAUACGCCUGCGUGCCAGGAAAGAGUGCAAAGACAGAGAGGGCCGAGAUCGCGUUACUGGUGAGGAAUGGUUGGUCAAGAAAGUUGGUGCUUACCUCCCAGGGGUGUUUGAGGAGGUUGUAGAUGUUGUAAAUGCAUUUGUUCUGACAGAAAAGAAAGCCCUGCACAUUUGUGCCACAAAGACAUUCCGCGAUGACAAGGGCAACCUACGCCGGACUGGGGAAGAAUGGUUAGUGACGAUGGAGGACGCAGAGGCCUACAUCCCUAAUGUAUACGAGGAGGUGGUAGGAAUUGUAGAUAUCACCACCUUGAACAGCCGUCAGUAUUGCGUCAUCCUAGACCCACAGGGGGAAGAUGGGAAACCUCAACUGGGACAGAAAAAAGUUGUGAAGGGUGAGAAGUCGUUCUUUCUGCAGCCCGGGGAAUCGCUAGAAUUUGGUAUUCAAGAGGUGUUUAUCCUCUCUGAGGAAGAGGGCCUGGUCCUGAGGGCCGUGGAACUGCUGGAGGAGCAGGAUGAGGACGGAAACGAGGUGGAACGUAAACCUGGUGACCGCUGGAUGAUCAGAGGGCCGGCAGAGUAUGUGCCCCCUGUGGAGGUAGAAGUUGUGGUGUUAAGAAAAGCUAUCCCCCUGGAUGAGAAUGAAGGCAUCUAUGUGCGCGAUAUCAAAACCGGGAAGGUGCGUGCGGUGGUCGGACACACAUACAUGCUCAACCAGGAUGAGGAGCUAUGGGAGAAGGAACUCCCAUUUAAUGUGGAGCAGCUUUUAGCCUCAGGGAAAGACCCUGUUGCUGACAGAUCCAACCGUCAGACCCUGGUACCUGAGGGCCAGGAGCGAGACAAGACACGGGCAGUCACCUACCGUGUGCCCCACAACGCUGCCAUACAGGUGUAUGACUACAGGGAGAAGAAAUCCAGGGUGGUAUUUGGACCAGAACUUGUUAUUCUCGGACCAGAUGAGCAGUUCACUGUGCUCAGUCUAUCUGGGAUGACCCCCAAACGGCCCAAUGUCAUUAAAGCGAUCUGCCUCCUCCUGGGUCCAGACUUCUGCACUGACCUGAUUAAUAUCGAGACAGCUGACCACGCCAGACUCCAGAUCCAGCUUUCUUAUAACUGGCAUUUUCAAAUAAAGGAUAAGACAGAUGCAGCUGAGGCCUCAACCAUUUUCAGUGUCCCUGAUUUUGUCGGCGAUGCCUGUAAAGCCAUUGCCUCAAGAAUAAGAGGAGCCGUAGCCUCUGUACAGUUUGACGACUUCCAUAAGAACUCAAAUCGUAUCAUAUGCUCAGCUGUCUUCGGGUUUGAUGAGGCACUGAAGAUUCGCAGCGCAUUCAAAUUCCCACAAAAUAAUCUAGUUAUAACCAGUGUGGAUAUCCAGUCAGUGGAACCUGUGGAUCAACGCACACGCGAUUCUCUACAGAAAAGCGUUCAGUUGGCCAUUGAAAUCACCACCAACUCCCAGGAGGCUACUGCCAGACAUGAAGCCGAGCGCUUGGAACAAGAGGCAAAGGGACGUCUGGAGAGGCAGCGUAUUAGUGACCAGGCUGAGGCAGAGAGAGCUCGCAAGGAACUGCUAGAGCUUGAAGCUCUCAGCACGGGAGUUGAGAGCACUGGUGCCGCAAAGGCCGAGGCUCAAUCUAAAGCAGAAGCUGCACGAAUUGAAGGAGAGGGAGCUGUUCUACAAGCCAAACUCCGAGCUGAAGCUCUAGCUAUUGAGACGGAAGCAGAGUUACAGAGACUGCGACAGGCACGAAGUGAGGAACUGCGCUACACUAUGGACAAAAACAAGCUGGAGGUGGAGAAGACGGAGAAGUUGGCAGAGCUGGAGAUUAGGAAAUUCCAGGAGAUGAUAAAGUCUAUUGGGUCAGAAACCAUUAGAGACAUUGCACUGGCUGGUCCUGAACUCCAGGUGAAGUUGCUGAAGGGUUUGGGAAUUCAGUCCACUCUCAUCACAGAUGGAUCGUCCCCUAUUAAUCUGUUCACCACAGCCCAUGGCAUGCUGGGACUCACUACCAAGCCACUGACAGACAAGGACGAAGAGUGAUCCCAUAAAGCUGAGCCUCUCAGGUGUCAUUUUGGCAUCUGAGCCUCAUUGCAUUUACAACACAGUCUAUCCAAAUUAUCACUGACUCUUUCUCUAUCUCAGUCUCAUGGCUAACUGCACUGCUCAUUACUCCCAGGCUAUGAAGGGGUUAAUGGAACCCUAACCCUUUUUUUUGUAAAGAUGUCUGCUUUAAAAAAGUUUAUAUUUGUUUAUUUUUCUUCUCCAAAAAAAGCCUGCUAUGUCUCACACAUGUAAACCAUAGGCAAUGUGAAGAACGGCAGAUUUUGUUAAGACAAUUUUAGAGUUUAAACAUUUUUCUUGUUUUGUUUCUUUACUAAGUCAUUACCAUUCAGAUGCGGCCUACACAAGCACUACACAAGCACUACACAAGCACUACACAAGCACUAUACGUGGUGUUUUCCGAAUGAAAUAACUAACAUCUUUAUUUGGGAUGGAGAGAAAAGAAAUAGGAGAAAAUGUACUUUUGAGAAGCAAUCAGAAUCUAAAUAAAUAAAUAAAGAUAUCGUAACUCAGUGCUGACAGCCUUCAUACUGUUCUAGGUUACCAUUUCAUAGUUUAUUCCUGUUUGCCUUAAAUUCUGUGUCCGCAAGAUCUAUCCAUUUAGGAGAAUGUGGCUAAUGCUGUCAUUGUGUGACAGAAGACAAAUAUGCACUGUUUGUUUAAAUGGCCACCUACGGCGUUUAAUACAAUCUCUAAUAAAUGACCUUAUUUCUGUUA